GCCACCGCCACCAGCGCAGCUGUGCCAGAGCCGCGAGGAGACCGGCCGCCUGACUUCCCCCCUUCGCUGGCCGCCCUCGUCCUCGAAUUUGUUCCAACGGUCUGUUAAAACAUGGUGGAUUACUAUGAGGUGCUGGGCAUGCACAGACAUGCCUCACCUGAGGACAUUAAAAAGGCGUAUCGAAAGCAGGCACUCAAAUGGCACCCAGACAAAAGUCCUGAAAAUAAAGAAGAAGCGGAGGCAUAUGAAGUGUUAUCGGAUGCUAAAAAGCAGGACAUCUAUGACAAAUAUGGCAAAGAAGGAUUAAAUGGUGGUGGAGGAGGAGGUGGAAGUCAUUUUGACAGUCCAUUUGAGUUUGGCUUCACAUUCCGGAACCCAGAUGAUGUCUUCAGGGAAUUUUUUGGUGGAAGGGACCCAUUUUCAUUUGACUUCUUUGAAGAUCCAUUUGAUGACUUUUUUGGAAACCGAAGGGGUCCCCGAGGAAGUAGAAGCCGAGGUGCUGGCUCCUUUUUCUCUGCCUUCGGUGGAUUUCCUUCUUUUGGAAGUGGAUUUCCUGCUUUUGAUACAGGCUUUACUCCAUUCGGGUCACUAGGUCAUGGGGGUCUCACUUCAUUUUCUUCAGCGUCAUUUGGCGGCAGUGGAAUGGGCAACUUCAAAUCAAUAUCAACUUCAACUAAAAUAGUUAAUGGCAAAAAAAUCACUACAAAGAGAAUUGUGGAGAACGGUCAGGAAAGAGUAGAAGUUGAAGAAGACGGACAGUUAAAGUCCCUGACGAUAAAUGGUAAGGAGCACCUGCUACACUUGGAUAACAAUUCAACGCACGCAUGUAACAGGAAUGCUAAACCAUAA